AUGAGUCAUCCAGUGGCUAAGAGCAACAUCCAGGGCGGCAUCUGGCCGCGCAUGCCCAAGGAGUUUGAGUCCUACCUCUUUUACAAGAUCACGAACGUGAACAGAUUCCGCAAUGACCUCAAGGAGUUCAUCAGUGAAAUCACCACUGGAGAGCAGUGUGAAGAGCGACUAGCAAAUAUCAAAUCGGCAGCGGAGAGUGGAAGAUCUACGAAAAUUCCCAUUUCGGGCAUAAAUGUGUCAUUUACUCAGAAGGGCCUGCAAAAGUUGAACCUAGCGCAAAUCAACGAUGGCCUUUUUGAAAAGGGUAUGUACAGCGAUCUCAUCUUUGAAGGCGCCGACGCUCCAGAUAGAUUGCUUCCCGAGUUCAAGCCUCCCCCUGGACACCCCCAAGACGAUGACAGCUGGCGCAUCGACCUGGUAUUUAUCGUGGCUGCGUCUGGCGAGAAAACCCUGAAUGAGGGAAUUGCCAAGAUUGAGACCAAUUUUCAUCUGAGAGACUUGAACAAGUCCAGUAUGGAGUCGGUAGUCGUGAAGCAUGGACAGCGUCGACCCGGAGAUCUUCGUGGUAGAGAGCACUUCGGCUUCGAGGACCAUAUCUCGCAGCCUCAGAUUAAGGGCCUGGAUCCCGAGCCAGGUGCACGUGAGCCACUGUCGUGUCUUCCGGGAUACAUUUUUGUCGGUCAUGAGGGAGAUCCACGAAAAGACACUACUCCCCCUUGGUCCGUGGAAGGUAGUUUCCUUGUGUUCCGUCAACUGGACGAGAAGGUCCCCGAAUUCAAUAAAUUUGUUGAGAAUGCCGCAAAGAAGAUUCCAAACUACGCUGUUGAAAACGGUGCCGAAAAGCUGGCGGCUCAUAUGAUGGGCCGUUGGAAGAGUGGCGCGCCCGUCGCUUUAACUCCCGACAAGGACAACAAGAGUCUCGCGUUCAGAAACGACUUCGAUUUCAGGCCCAAGCAGAGCAUUUUGGGUUGUCCUUUUGCCGCGCACGUCCGGAAAAUGCGUCCCAGAGCCGACCACAAGCGCGACCUGGGCAAAGACGAGGACUUUGUAAAGGGCCAAUUCACCAAUCCGUUGCAAACCGACACCAGCGACCCCCCAGGUUUGGAGGUUGACAGUGACGAGGAGCCCGAUCAGGGACCUGACAAGGAAGACGCGAGUGUUAUUCUGCGCCGUGGUAUCACGUUUGGACCCGAGCUUGGACCCGACGAGACGGAGAAGACUACCAAAAGCCGUGGUAUUUACUUCACCUGCUACCAGAGUGAUAUCCGGGAUGGAUUUAACCUCCUCAUGACCCGCUGGGCAAGCAACAGUGUUUUCCCGACAUCAAAGAAGAGAGCUCACAAGGAUGGCCCUGGAAUGGAUCCAUUCAUCAACCAGAGACAGCGGAAAGAUCACCCUGAAGGCCAUAUCAGUCUAUAUGACGGCGUGGACUCGGAGAGGACCCACAAACUUGAGCUUGGAAUUAGUCCCUGGGUGGAUCAGCGAGGCGGGGAGUAUUUCUUUACUCCAUCUAUUCGUGGCCUGCACUGGUUUUGCAAUGCGCCACAGCCUCAUUAG